AUGGCCCAUAGGUUACUGGCUAAAGGGGGUGUCGAUUUGGAGGCCCUGUCGCCCCGGGACGCUAACGCCCAGCGCGUACCCAAGGCGAUCGAAAUGAAGACGUCUAAGCCCGUCGUCCAGCUCAAGGCUGCGAAGGACAAGGAACCACCACCACAACCACCCGCGAACGUCGAGGAGCCUCCGGCAAACGACCGUCCCGAUGGAGCCGUGUACCAGAUUGGCAAGAUGCUCGGCAAAGGUGGCUUCGCCGUGUGCUACACAGGGUACCAUCUGCCGGAGCGCAAGAAGUACGCUCUGAAGAUUGUGCGGAGUCAGAUGCCGUCCAAGAUGCAGCAGAAGUUCCAAACCGAACUCCAGAUCCACUCGAAGAUGAACCAGAAGAACAUUGUGCAAUUCUUCAGGGCUUUCUCGUUUAAAGACUGCAUGUACUUGGCUCUCGAGCUCUGCACCAACGGCUCUCUCAUGGACAUGGUCAAGAAGCGCAAGGGUUUGACCGAGCCCGAGGUUCGUUUCUACUCCGUGCAGGUGGCUGGAGCCAUCAAGUACAUGCACGGAAAGGGCAUCAUCCACCGAGAUCUGAAGAUGGGCAACAUCUUCCUCGACCAUCGCAUGAACGCCAAGGUCGGCGAUUUCGGACUGGCUGCUCUGUUGGUUACCGGCCGGGAUAUGCAGACCAUAAGAAGGACCACUCUGUGCGGUACGCCCAACUACAUCGCGCCCGAGAUUCUCCAAAAGGGGAAGAAGGGGCACGACCACAUGGUUGACAUUUGGAGUCUGGGUAUCAUCAUGUUCGCCAUGUUAACAUCAAAGCCACCGUUCCAAUCGACGAGCACCGAGGAGAUUUACCGCCGAGCGAGAGAACGAGACUACGAAUGGCCGAACCCAGAGACUUCGCAAAAGUACAUCAGCGAGGAAGCUAAGGACUGCGUUGCCACGAUGCUCGAGGACGCAGAUAUGAGACCCGACCCAGACGUCAUUGUUCAGCACCCCUUCUUCACCUGCGGCUACAUGCCGGUGGAGUCCGACAUGACGACCAGGCUUCUUACCCUACCGCCUGACGGCUCCGAGUUCUACGCCAACCGUAUGAGCUCUCAGCUGCAAGCGGUCAGCAAGAAGAACAUGGAGAACAUGUGCAGGGAAUGCGGAGUCGGCCCCUGGGCCCCAGUCCAGGUGGUUCACACGCAAACCUGGAAAGAGAUGGCUGCGGAGGAGAAGUCCGGCUUGACGCCCCUGAUUCCUUUAGGAGAAGAUGUUGUUUACAGACCAUUCGACGACUGGCUCCGCGAGAAGCGCCACGCCCGCGCCCUUGCUGCUUCGUCAGCUACACGCCCCGACCUCACAUCAGAAUCCCACCUGAGCGGUUCGCAAACUGCGCCGACAGGCCUCUUGCGCCAGCCGCCUCAGAGCUUCGCCGCGCAACAGAGGGCCCAGAACCGUCCCCCUGCGAUGGCGAACACCACGAAGCCACGACCUCAGCCGGAGGCGUCCUCUCAGCCGGCGGAAACGGCACGCCCGUCAUCGGUCAGACAGCAUAGUGCGCCGGAGACCCGAAAGAACCCUUUUACCGAGCCUCCCCUGAGGAAGUCUACCACGGUGCGGAGAACGCCGCUUCCGACAACGCAGUCGGCAGGGUCUCUUCCCAGCCAGGCGAUGGCGUCUGAGAGCUCUAACCAAGCCACAGUCACCAUGACUGGUCUUAUGGAUAACCUUAGGAUCUCGUCGGAUCAAACCGAAAAGGCAUCUCUUUUUAGUCCGAACGAAUGCGCGGAACCCAUGGCAGGCUCCAAGCCGGAUGUUGUCCUCGAGCGACUCCGCCGGCUCCAGACCGAACUGGAGCGUGCUCUCAACGCUCGUACUAUGGCCAUUAUCUCGUCAAAAGAUACCACCCCGCCCCAUCCCAACGUGGUUGUCAAAUGGGUGGACUACACGAACAAGUUUGGGCUUGGUUAUAUCCUGAACGACGGCGGCGUCGGCUGCAUCUUACGGGAUAUUCCUACCACGGAAGGCAGCAAGACCCUCACCCUGCCGUCGGCGUGCAUGCUCGUCCGUGAUGCCGAGCGUCAUAUAGAGCGACGACACGACGAAUCGUACCCCGAGAGACACCAACCACUGCCGCCCAGACAAGACAUUCACUUCUAUGAGAACAACGGCGAGUCAGGCCUCGCCCGAGUCUCUGUUUCCUCGAAGCAGUUCCGCGUGCCGGUCUAUGAGGACGGCACGCCCGGGAAGCUGAACCCUGGAAGGGACGUGUACGAGCACAGAAAGCGGGAGCGCGUCAUCCUCUGGAAGAAGUUUGCCAACUACAUGAUUGCCUAUGGCAGAGACGAGCCGGUACCAGCCGAGGAGACCGUUCCUCGCCCAAUGGAGUUCUCUGUCAACAACUCUCAGCCCCCAGACCUGGUCACUUUCUACCAACGUUUCGGUGAUGUUGGCUGCUGGGUCUUUGGAGACGGACAUCUCCAGUUCAACUUUCCUGACCACACCAAGAUUGUUCUGAACGCUGCAGGAACUUGGUGUCACUUCUGGCAUCUCCCCAUUGACGCGGCUCAGAACCUUGCCACCACCGGCAGUCUCGGAGCUGCUGCUCUUGAUGAGAGAGCUAUGCUGUCCUACCCGCUGCAGACGCUGUUAAAUUUCCAGGCGAAGCCCGCGGCAUCCCGCUCUACUCGCACAACCACCACAUCACGUCGACGCCCUGAGAUCCCUGCAGAGCUCCAAGGCAUCCCAGUCGCGAACGAUUUCCGUCGCAAGAUCGAGUUCAUCAAGAACGCGGUCAAGGAAUGGGUGACCAACGGCGGUCUGGGUAAUAGCGCUAUGGACCGUGACCACAGACUGCGCUGGGGCGGUUACCGCGAGACUGUCAUGGGCAACAGCUUCAUCAAGGGUGUCUGGGUGACUGUCGGUGCCCGAUGGGGUGACAGCAGACUGUCGGCCUACGUCGACCCCGCCAACCCCAUGGAGAUGGGAGAGGAGAUUGACGAAUCCAAGAGACGGCGCCACUGA